GCAGCCCGGACCCCGAGGGGCGCGCCCGGGGCGAUGUACCAGAGCCUGGCCAUGGCCGCUAACCACGGCCCCCCUCCGGGCGCCUACGAGGCGGGCGGCGCGAGCGCCUUCAUGCACGGCGCGGGCAGCGCGUCCUCGCCCGUCUACGUGCCCACGCCGCGGGUUCCUUCGUCCGUGCUCGGCCUCCCCUACCUCCCCGGCGGCGGCGCGGCGGCCGGACCCACGGCAGGCGGCGGAGCGGGGGCGGCUUCGUCGGGGGCCGGGCCCGGGACCCAGCAGGGCAGCCCCGGCUGGAGCCAGGCGGGGGCCGAGGGCACCGCCUAUACCCCUCCGCCCGUGUCACCGCGCUUCUCCUUCCCGGGCACCACGGGGUCUUUGGCUGCGGCCGCUGCCGCCGCCGCUGCCCGGGAAGCCGCGGCCUACAGCGGCGGGGGCGCGGCGGCCGGCGCGGGGCUGGCGGGCCGCGAGCAGUAUGGGCGUGCGGGCUUCGGCGGCUCCUACUCCAGCCCGUACCCCGCGUACAUGGCCGAUGUGGGAGCGUCCUGGGCGGCCGCCGCCGCCGCCUCCGCUGGCCCCUUCGACAGUCCGGUGCUUCACAGCCUGCCCGGCCGGGCCAACCCCGCCGGCCGACACCCCAAUCUCGUAGACAUGUUUGAUGACUUCUCAGAAGGCAGAGAGUGUGUCAACUGUGGUGCCAUGUCCACCCCACUGUGGCGGCGGGACGGGACUGGCCACUACCUAUGCAACGCCUGCGGCCUCUACCACAAGAUGAAUGGGAUCAACCGGCCGCUUAUCAAACCUCAGCGCCGCCUGUCAGCUUCCCGCCGCGUGGGCCUCUCCUGCGCCAACUGCCAAACCACAACCACCACCCUGUGGCGCCGGAAUGCUGAGGGCGAGCCCGUGUGCAACGCUUGUGGCCUCUACAUGAAGCUCCAUGGUGUCCCCCGGCCUCUGGCCAUGCGGAAGGAAGGGAUCCAGACCAGGAAACGGAAGCCCAAGAACCUCAAUAAGUCCAAGACGCCAGCAGGUCCAGCUGGCGCUGAGAGCCUGCCCCCGGCUAGCUCAGCUCCCAGCAGCUCGGGCAACGUGGCUGCUAGCAACAGUGAGGAGAUGCGACCCAUCAAGACCGAGCCAGGUCUGGUGGCGCACGCGCACUACGGGCCAGGUGGCUCCAUGGCCCAGGCCUUCUCAGUCAGCGCCAUGCCUGCCCACGGGCCCCCCCUGCACCCUGUACUCUCGGCCCUGAAGCUAUCCCCACAAGGCUACACGUCCUCGGCCGGCCAGUCCCCGCAGGCCAGCUCCAAGCAGGACCCUUGGAACAGCCUGGCUCUGGCCGACAGCCACGGGGACAUCAUUACUGCUUGAGGUCAUCCCACUGCAGCGACUCCAAAACUGGGAAGAAACUUGAAGCCACUUGGGCGGGGGCAUCUUCGCAGAUGGCACCCCGAAGUCCGCCUUGGAGGGAUGUCAGAGGCUUUGGCCUGGUUUCCUGACCCCCCAAGCGUCCUUCUUGAGCCUCUCCCCGCCCCCCAACACUCCC